CAGUCACAUUGAGUUAGAGUAACACCUCACUCUGCCGUUCACAGGGCAGGAGUUUGACGUUCGUGCCAGAUGUGUCAUUAACGCUACCGGCCCCUUCACUGACUCCCUGCGCAAAAUGGACAACCAGAAAACUGCCAACAUCUGCCAGCCUAGUGCAGGAGUGCAUAUUGUCAUCCCUGGAUAUUACAGCCCGGACAACAUGGGGCUGUUAGACCCCGCCACCAGUGAUGGCCGUGUCAUAUUCUUCCUGCCCUGGGAGAAGAUGACUGUCGCCGGCACAACAGACACGCCCACUGAAGUCACAGCCCAUCCCAUCCCAGUGGAGGAUGACAUCAACUUUAUCCUGAGCGAAGUACGCAAUUACCUCAGCCCUGACGUAGAAG